AUGGACCAACAACAGAACUCCCAACCGAAAAUAACUCUGUUGAACUCCGGGAACAACCCGGGACACACUCAGGCCAAACCUCCGGAGAGGGAGCAGUGGUCCAACAAGCUGGAGUUCGUCCUGGCGGUGGCUGGACACAUCAUCGGCCUGGGAACCGUCUGGAGGUUUCCGUACCUCUGCUACAAAAAUGGAGGAGGAGCAUUUUUGAUUCCUUAUAUUUUGUUUUCGUUCACCUGUGGCAUCCCGCUCUUCUUACUGGAGACGUCUUUGGGCCAGUUCACCAGUCAGGGCGGAAUAACAUGCUGGAGGAAAAUCUGCCCUCUGUUUGAAGGCUUAGGCUACGGAAGUCAGGUGGUUGUUUUGUACACUGGCGUGUAUUACAUCGUCAUACUGGCUUGGACUUUUCUCUACCUGUUUUCAUCCUUCAGGACUGAGCUUCCAUGGACGAGCUGUGACAACAGCUGGAACACAGAUGGCUGUUUUGAGCAUGGUCCCAAUCAAACAUCCCCUCAGCUCCUGUAUGGGAACACCACAUCUUCAGUUGUAGAGUUUUGGGAGAGGAGAAUAUUAGGCCUGUCUGAGGGAAUCGAUCAGAUCGGCAACAUCCGCUGGGACCUGGCCCUAUGUCUGCUUCUGGCCUGGGUGUUGUGUUACUUCUGUGUCUGGAAUGGAGUGAAGUCCACUGGGAAGGUGGUGUACUUCACGGCCACAUUUCCGUACGUGAUGCUGGUGGUGCUGCUUGUUCGUGGUCUUACGUUACCGGGGGCCAAAGACGGGAUUGUGUUCUACGUCUACCCGGACCUGUCUCGCCUCGCCGAUCCAGAGGUGUGGAUGGAUGCCGGCGGCCAAAUUUUUUACUCGUACGGAGUUUGCACAGGUAUUCUGACGUCAUUAGGAAGUUACAACAAGUACAACAACAACUGCUACAGAGACUGUGGCUACCUGUGCCUGUUAAACAGUCUAACCAGCUUGGUAGCCGGCUUCGCCAUCUUCUCCGUGCUGGGCUUCAUGGCCAAGGAGCAAGGUGUGGAUAUAUCCAUGGUGGCUGAAUCAGGCCCAGGGCUGGCCUUUAUUGCAUAUCCUCGUGCUGUGGCUUUGAUGCCACUUCCUCAGCUCUGGGCCAUUUUCUUCUUCAUUAUGCUCAUCUUCCUCGGGUUAGACAGUGAGUUUGUGCAUCAGGAGACGAUGGUCACAACCAUCUCCGACAUGUACCCUUCCUUCUUUCACAGCAGCUGUCGUCGUAAACUCCUCCUUCUAGCCAUCAGUGUUGUCAGUUUCCUCAUUGGCCUUUUCAUGGUGACAGAAGGAGGCCUUUACGUUUUCCAGCUGUUUGACUACUACGCCUCCAGUGGGAUGACUCUCCUGCUGUUUGCUAUCUUCCAGUCUGUCUGUAUUGGAUGGGUUUAUGAUGCAGAUCGUCAUUAUGAUAAUAUCGAGGACAUGAUUGGAUUUCGCCCGAGGCCUUUUGUGAAAUAUUGCUGGCGCUACAUCACACCAGCUAUCUGCACCUGCACCUUUCUCUUCUCCUUGAUCAAAUACACGCCGCUCAAAUUCAACAACACCUACGAGUACCCCUGGUGGGGCUACGCUCUGGGAGGAUUCUUCACUCUGUCCUCAACCCUCCUGGUUCCUGUGUGGAUGGUUUACGCUGUGUGCGUCACUCCAGGAACACUGAAACAGAGGCUGAAACGUCUGUGCACCCCAUCGAAGGACUUACCUACUGCAACAAAGAAAAACCAUGAAGCAUUUCAGACUUUCACAGAGCUUCACACGCUGCGAACAACAAAAAGUCCCACUAGCACAGACGGCAAAACUCAGACACCAUCUAUUAUUUAAACAGCAACGACGAGGAGGAAUUCUACUUCAUUUGUGUUUCCACUGGGAGUGAGCUUAACAUUCCCUUGCUAACGCUACUUAACUUUGUCAGGGCAUCUCUGAGUUCAUCCAUCACGUAAAACUGCUCUACUCGGACUAUUUAGCAUCUCAGGCGACCUUCAUGUUGUCCUGUCUUCUCCGUGGAGGUUCCUGGAUCACUGAGCACCUUGUGAAGAAGACCUGCAGACACGACUCACGACUGAAAAGAGCCCCCCAACUUCAUAAAGCUCCUAAAAAGACACCGGAACUGAUCAUAAAUCAACCGUAAUGCAGAGAAAGGCAAAGCUGCACUCUACAUUUUCUACAUUCCUCGGCUGACGAGUGUCGGUUAACUUCAAUCUGAGACUUUGAUGUUUGAAGGACAAACGCUGCGAUAACUUCUACCGUCUUGUUUGAUUCUUGGUCAGACCUCCAAACAUGAUCCUGGUGAAGGAAUCCUGUCCUUUCAGCUGAAAAUUCUCUACUUUAUUAUCUGUUUUUAUACUUUAUUAAAAAUCAAAAGACAAA